ACGUACGUUGCCGAUAUAUUUCUCGCCCAGAGUUGGCAAGACUACAGACUACGAUUGCCGGAAAACAUGACAGAAGACUACAGAAUCCUCAACGUUGAUUGGUUGAAGUUUAUCUGGAGACCAGAUACCUUCUUCAAAAACGCCAAACAAGUGACGUUCCACGAAAUGACUGUUCCAAACCACUACUUAUGGCUGUACUACGACAAAACGUUGUUGUAUAUGGCCAAGUUAACACUAGAACUGUCGUGUGCUAUGAAGUUUGAAGCCUACCCUCAUGACAACCAAAUAUGUUCAUUGAUGAUAGAAAGUUUAUCUCAUACAACCCACGAUUUGGUGUUCCGAUGGAAUAUUUCCACCCCUCUAGUCAUCAACCCAGAUAUAGAACUUCCACAGUUGGACAUUGCUGAAAACAGAACUGAAGAUUGUACUUUGGAAUAUUCAACUGAUACAUUCAGAUGA